UCAUUUUACGAGCGUGCACAGAUGUGGAAAGAGGUUACUCUUCCAUUUGUAUAUUAUUCGUGCUGACACCAAUAUCUAGGGUAGCAUAUUACAUAACAAUGAAGUUCAGAUCGAUUUUGGUAGCAAGAAACAUUUCAAAGAUAGCCAGUGUUAUAUUCUUCUUCUUGCUGCUCUUUAGCGUGGUUUUGCUUAUACCCCAGGAUCAGAAAACAGUUAUGAGCAAAGGCGUUCCCGAUUUUCUUGCCCAAAACCCCCGACCUGGGUAUGCUAUGCGACAUAUUGAAAACAAUGACACCUCUCCACUUCAAAGAGAGGAACAAGCAUUAUCCAUUUUAGGCACAACGAAUACCACAAAAUUGCCUCCCGAACUCUAUCGUCUGGCGAAACAGGUUUUUGACGAGCUCCCGGGCGAGUAUCUCCCUGGUUACAAAAGCUCUUGCUGGAUGACCAAGAAGAACGCACCUGGAGUUGGACGUCUCCGGUGUCUGCCGUACUUCUACAUUCUAGGAGUAGCGAAAUGUGGCACCAGUGAUCUUUGGGACAAGAUUGUUGCACACCCACACGUGGUCCGGAAGUUGGUCAAGGAACCGCACUGGUGGACCAGGUAUCGACUGCAAGGGAUUCCAUUUGAUAAAUAUCUUCAGAAACGCUCUGCAAGUUUGGUCAGGUCGUAUAAGGAGGAUUCUUCGAAUAAACUUACGCACAUAGUGGGUGAUGGUUCUGCCUCAACAUUAUGGGAUAACCGACACUGGAAGAAAACGUUUGCAGCACUGGUAAAGGAAGGUCCUAAAUAUGUCACAGCGGACAUUAUACGUGCUGCUCAACCGAAUGCAAAAUUAUUUGUAAUACUGAGGGAUCCAGUCUCCAGGCUAUACUCUGAUUAUAUUUAUUUUCAUGACAACCCGGACCAAGAGAUAUUUCACAAUGCCGCCGUCCACACCAUUGCAAACUUUGGGAGAUGUACUAAAGCACGAAGUCCUCGCGCAUGCGCUUACACCCUCUCAAUUCAAGAUGGAGUACGCCUCAACAUUGGUUUGUAUUCUGUCUAUAUCCGAGACUGGCUGAAAGCAUUUCCACGAGAUCAGAUAUUUAUUCUCAGACUUGAAGACUGGCAUUCUGGCUGUGAGGGGCUUUUACCAAGACUGUAUGCAUUUUUAAAUCUAAAAAUUUUGACGAAGGUUCAAAUCUCGGAUAUCUGCCAGACUCGAACGAGGAAUACAAACACUCGUAAAGCAAGUGAAGUCGGAGGCAUGUUUAACGAGACACGGACAAUCCUUCAAGAAUUCUACUCGGAAUGGAACCGAGAUUUGAGUAAUUUACUGGGUGACACACGCUUCUUAUGGCAGUAACCAUGGUAACGAUAUAAUGAUAAACAAGAAACAACGUUGGAAACCUUUCUUUAUUUUUAUAAGCGGUCAAUUACCGUAGUAACAGUCGGACACCUGUUGUUCUCAGCCAAUCAAAAACUAAAUUCGUCAGAUCUGACAACUUGUCGGACGGUAGACAUUGAUGAAACGUUCACCUGCAGUUUUUUUUCGACGUCGUCGUCAUCGUCGUUGUGUCUGUUGCUUCCUCCAUCAUCUCUGAAAUACACUUUAUUCUCUCCAAAUUCCGUAGAUUUAACUCAAUCUAGUAGAUUGUGGUCAGGUACGAAUCGACAGUUUUAUCCAAAGUUUCAAUCGAUUAAGAUGGAAUUUUAAAUCUAUUAGAUUAAAAAUGUCAAUCCAACUUCGACCACCGAAGGGCAUCCCCCAAACCACGCAGGCAGAUUGGUCCCCGAUCGCAAUCUAUUUCAAUCUAAGGGAUUUAGAGAGUAAGUGUAGGCAGAUAUGUAACAUAAUUUCAAUCAUGUGUGUUUACAAUCGAUUGGUGAUAUACCAAACUGUAUUAACAGUUUUGUUGUCUCACCUGCAUAGCAGAGUGAGACUGUAGGC